UCGGUCCCGAUGGCCAGCUACCCCGAGCCCGAGGCCGCGGCGGGCGCGCUGCUGGCCCCGGAGGGCGGCCGCGCGGCCACGGAGCCCGAGGCGCCGGCCAGCCCGGGCGAGGGCGGCGGGGGCGCGCCGGAGAAGCCGGACCCCGCGCAGAAGCCCCCGUACUCGUACGUGGCGCUCAUCGCCAUGGCGAUCCGCGAGAGCGCCGAGAAGAGGCUCACGCUGUCCGGCAUCUACCAGUACAUCAUCGCCAAGUUCCCGUUCUACGAAAAGAACAAGAAGGGCUGGCAGAACAGCAUCCGCCACAACCUCAGCCUCAACGAGUGCUUCAUCAAGGUGCCGCGCGAGGGCGGCGGCGAGCGCAAGGGCAACUACUGGACGCUGGACCCGGCCUGCGAGGACAUGUUCGAGAAGGGCAACUACCGGCGCCGCCGCCGCAUGAAGCGGCCCUUCCGGCCGCCGCCCGCGCACUUCCAGCCCGGCAAGGGGCUCUUCGGGGCGGCGGCGGGCGGCUGUGGCGUCGCGGGCGCGCCGGCCGACGGCUACGGCUACCUGGCGCCCCCCAAGUACCUGCAGUCGGGGUUCCUCAACAACUCGUGGCCGCUGCCGCAGCCGCCCUCUCCCAUGCCCUACGCCUCGUGCCAGAUGGCGGCGGCCGCGGCGGCGGCGGCAGCGGCGGCGGCGGCCGCGGGCCCGGGCAGCCCCGGCGCGGCCGCCGUGGUCAAGGGGCUGGCCGGCCCGGCCGCCUCCUACGGGCCCUACUCCCGCGUGCAGGGCAUGGCGCUGCCGCCCGGCGUCGUGAACUCGUACAACGGCCUGGGCGGCCCCGCCGCCGCGCCCCCGCCGCCGCCGCCGCCGCCCCCGCAUCCCCACCCGCAUCCCCACGCGCACCAUCUGCACGCGGCCGCCGCCCCGCCGCCCGCCCCGCCGCACCACGGGGCCGCCGCGCCGCCCCCGAGCCAGCUCAGCCCCGCCAGCCCGGCCACCGCCGCGCCCCCGGCGCCCGCACCCACCGGCGCGCCCGGCCUGCAGUUCGCCUGCGCCCGGCAGCCCGAGCUCGCCAUGAUGCAUUGCUCGUACUGGGACCACGACAGCAAGCCCGGCGCGCUGCACUCGCGACUCGACCUCUGA